GCGGGUCCGAAGGGGGGCGGGCAGCUGAGAAUAGACAGUGUGCCUGUCCUUGAGAUAUGACAGCCCGGGGGGUUACCCAUCUGUAUUCCCGGGACGGUCAAAGGCUUCCGCGCGUCUUUCUGGCACCAUGUUGGGGGCUAUCGUCAGAGCUGCGCUGCGUCCAGGCAUUGCAAACCCAUGCCGUUUACUCAGAGCGGUAACGCAGAUAUCAGAGAGGUCCGUUGUUCAUCAGGAAGGUUUGCCCAAGCUCCCUGUUCCGCCUCUGAAGCAGACGUGUGAGCGCUACCUGGCCGCCUUGGAGCCCAUCGUCAGCGAGGAAGAGUUGGAACACACUCGCGUUCUAAUACAGGAGUUCCUGAAGGGCGGAGUAGGAGAACGGCUCCAGAAGGGGCUCGAGAGACGCGCUAGAAAGACGGAUAACUGGCUGUCAGAAUGGUGGAUGCAAUCGACAUAUCUGGACUGUCGCAUGCCUGUGGCCGUCUACACCAGCACUGGAGUCGCUCUGCCUCGAAUGCACUUCGAAGACCGCCAAGGGCAGAUGAGGUUUGCUGCCAAACUCAUUGCAGGGGUUUUGGACUUUAAAAGAAUGGUCGACGCAGAAACUCUGCCUGUCCAGUAUCUGAAUGGAAAGCCUCUGUGCAUGGACCAGUAUUACCAGAUCCUGUCCACAUGCCGUAUUCCCGGACCAAAGAGAGACACGGUGUUGCAUUACUCUGCAGGGACGGCACCUCCUAGCCACGUUACCGUGGUCCACAACUUUCAGUUUUUUGUUUUAGAUGUUUAUAACAGUGACGGCACACCGCUGACAGUAGAUCAGCUCACCAUGCAGCUGGAGAAGAUCUGGAACUCUUCUUUGCAAACGAAUAAAGAACCAAUUGGCAUCCUGACGUCACAGCACCGCAACACCUGGGGAAAAGCUUACAACAACCUAAUAAAGGACAGGACAAAUAAGGAGUCGGUUCGUGCCAUCCAGAAGAGCAUAUUUACAGUUUGCUUGGAUGCCCCGAUGCUCCGAGUGUCAGAUGAGAUGUAUCUGAGUCGCGUGGCAGCCCAGAUGCUCCACGGAGGAGGGACCCGGUGGAACAGUGGCAACCGCUGGUUUGAUAAAACGCUGCAGUUUAUAAUCGGUGAGGACGGCACGUGUGGGCUGGUCUACGAGCAUGCGCCUGCCGAGGGUCCGCCCAUCGUGUUUCUCAUCGACUACGUUGUUAAAUACAUGCAGAGACCUGAAAUGGUUCGCUCUCCUAUGGUUCCUCUUCCCAUGCCUCAGAAGCUACGUUUCAACAUCACGCCGGAGAUCAAGAGAGACAUAGAAAAAGCCAAACAGAAUAUGAACAUAAUGGUGCAGGACUUGGAUGUGAAGGUGCUCACAUUUUCUCAUUUUGGAAGAAAUUUGCCAAAACAGCAUGAGCUCAGUCCAGAUGCGUUUGUGCAAAUGGCUCUACAGCUGGCUUACUUUAGGAUGUAUGAUUUUUGCUGUCCUACUUAUGAGAGCGCAACACUGAGAAUGUUCAAAUACGGACGCACAGAAGCAAUCCGAUCCACCACUGUGGAUUCACUUAAGUUUGUUCAGGCAAUGCAAGAUCCAUCGAAGCAGAACAAGGAGCGGUUUGCUCUGUUGCAGAAGGCAGUUCAAGCCCACAAGGAAAACACGCACAAUGCAAUCCAUGGACAGGCUAUCGACAGACAUCUGCUCGGGCUGAAAAUUCAGAGUAUUGAAGAUUUGACCUCUAUGCCUGAGAUAUUCAUGGACACUUCUUAUGCAGUAGCUCAUCAUUUUAACCUCUAUACUAGCCAGGUUGGCUCCAAGACAGACUGCGUGAUGUGUUUCGGUCCGAUGGUGCCAGAUGGCUACGGUGUGUGUUACAAUCCCAUGGAUGAGCAUAUCAACAUCGCGAUCACGGCCUUCAACAGCUGUGAGGACACAAACGCUGCCAACUUCGCCCAGGCUGUAAAGGAAGCGCUGUUGGACAUGAGAGCUCUCCUCACAGAAACAGCCGCGGCCAGACAGUGAUCCCACACAUGAGCCCGGCGCGUCGCUUGUGUACGAAGCUGAAACUGAAUUGAGUCCUUGCCAGUGCUGUUGGCGGAACGCCGACGCUGCGCAACGGAGAACUAAGAGGAAACCUGUUACCAA